UAAACAUCCGGAUAAUUCUAAUCAGAUUCAUUCAGAUGCUUUACCAAGCGUUUUCGUUUGUCGCGAAAUAUUGCGCCAGUAACAACACAAAUUCGCAGUCGCUGCUUUAUUGCCGAAAAACCCCAAAAGAUAUUAGAUCAAAGCUGAUUCUAAUGCCUAAGGGAAAGAGAAAAAGUGUUCAAUGUAGUCCAGCCCAGAAUGCAGCCUCCUCAGUGGUAAAAAAAUACAGAGGGAAGCGAAUGAGUCCUGGGAAAGUGCAGAGAGUGAGACGAGCCCUAUACAGUGUAAGUAACAAGAGUAUGUCACUAAGAAAAGCUGCAUGUGAGUAUGGACUGUCGUACGGGUUUUUGCAAAGGAGAUACAGUGGGGAAACAGACAUCAACACUAUGAAAGGUCCUGCUACUGUUUUCACUGAACAGGAAGAAACAUCUAUGGCUGAGUGGUUAAGUGAGAUGGCCCAGAGAGGCUUUGGCCUCAGAAUGUUGUGAGUUUUUAGACUUUGUUCAAGGCAUUGUUAGAAAAGAGAAGCGUAAAACCCCAUUUCUUGAUGGGAGACCUGGUUACAGCUGGUAUCAAGGAUUUAGAAACCGGAAUGCACACAUAAUUGGUUUACGCUCAGAAACACCUCUUGAACUGAAGCGUUCAAAACUUUCAAAAGAGACACUUGAUGAAUGGUACACAAAUUAUAAGGAUUUCCUGAUCAGUAAAGGUUGUCUGGAAAAACCAGGUUGUAUUUGGAAUGCGGAUGAAACUGGCUUCAACAUGGGUGCAAACAAGAGCAAAGUUAUAGGUCCAUCCCGUAAGGAUAUUCCUGUGCCUCAAAUAAGUGUUGGAAAGCAACGCCUAACUGUGAUGUACUGUGGCAAUGCUUCAGGACAAAUGAUGCCACCAUUUUUUGUUUUUCCUGAGCCCAAGCCUAGAGCAUAUGACCCAUUAAAUGGAGUUCCAGAAGGAAGUUAUAUUGCCUAUACGAAGAAAGGCUGGA